UUCAGAGCAUUUCCUGAAAAAGGCAGAGCAGUGCUCACAGCCCAACAGACCAACCCCACUAUCGGUACUACAUCUCAACAAUCCUUCAACAGGAGGAGCCGGCACAGACAAAAGAAAAACAAUUCAAAGACACCAUCUACCUAACACAGGCGGCUCUGAGCACUCUCUUUCCGGCACCUCUCAGACGGCCCUGGGACAGACAGGAGUUUCUACAUAUCAUGGGGACCAACCUGCUGUAAGAUGGCUACCCCAAGCAAUCACAACCAGCUUGUUCUUUCUAAUGGCUCACACCCAGAGGAAUACAAAAUCGCAGCCCUGGUCUUCUACAGCUGUAUCUUCCUGAUUGGGCUGUUUGUUAAUGUCACUGCAUUAUGGGUUUUCAGCUGUACAACCAAAAAAAGAACCACAGUAACCAUCUACAUGAUGAAUGUCGCACUACUGGACUUAGUAUUUAUACUGAGUCUGCCCUUUCGGAUGUUUUACUAUGCAAAAGGCGAAUGGCCAUUUGGAGAGUACUUCUGCCACAUUCUUGGGGCCCUGGUGGUGUUUUACCCAAGCCUUGCUCUGUGGCUUCUUGCUUUCAUUAGUGCUGACAGAUACAUGGCCAUAGUACAGCCGAAAUACGCCAAAGAACUGAAGAACACCGGCAAGGCCGUGCUCGCAUGUGUGGGGAUCUGGAUAAUGACCCUUACCACCACAGUCCCUCUGCUCCUGCUCUAUGAAGACCCAGAUAAGGCCUCCUCCCCUGCCACCUGCCUCAAGAUCUCCGACAUCAUCCACUUAAAAGCUGUCAAUGUGCUCAAUUUCACCCGGCUCAUAUUUUUCUUCCUGAUCCCUUUGUUCAUCAUGAUUGGGUGCUACGUGGUCAUUAUUCACAGUCUCCUCCGAGGGCAGACGUCUAAGCUGAAGCCCAAGGUCAAGGAGAAGUCCAUACGGAUCAUCAUCACGCUCCUGCUGCAAGUGCUUGUCUGCUUCAUGCCCUUCCACAUCUGUUUUGCUGUCCUGAUGCUACAAGGAGAGGAGAACAGCUACAGCCCCUGGGGAGCCUUCACCACCUUCCUCAUGAACCUCAGCACAUGUCUCGAUGUUGUUCUCUACUACAUUGUUUCCAAACAGUUCCAGGCUCGAGUCAUCAGUGUCAUGCUGUACCGCAAUUACCUUCGCAGUGUGCGCAGAAAAAGUGUCCGAUCAGGCAGUUUAAGGUCACUCAGCAACAUGAACAGUGAAAUGCUUUGAGUCAGAGCAAGCUGCCUGUCUUCAAUCUCUUUAACAUUCUUUUUCUAUCUACUCUCAGGGGGAACCAGCAUUCUAUAUUAUCCAGUCCCUGCUCUAAUAAAGAAAAAUAAUAAACUUUUAAAACUUC